AUGUUUGUACUGCACCGGGGCUUUAGGCGGCAUGCAAUAAUUCGAGUUUCAUUUGCUUCUGGGUACUUGCACACCUUUGGGAUGCAACAGAGGAGAUGUUGUGAUGUGCGGGGCGUAAUCUCUUUGCUAAGGCGCCAGCAUAUGAGACAACAGAACCCCCAUAAUACGAAGGUUGUGUCCUCCGAUAUUUGUGAUGAGGGGAACGACGAGGGAUUCGAUUGCCAAACAACCUUGGAGACAUCACAACUAAUUGCCUGCUGUGAGAACAUGUGUCAAGAGAAUAAAUUACUGGAUUUAUCGGCUGACGAGAGGGUGGGGGCAACACAAUUACUGAUAUCAGCUUUGGCGAAGGUAAACAAGAGGGGUUUCGACAGUGUAAGACGGCAUCGAGAAGGUGCGUCUAAUGGCCCGUGUGAAACGAAAGAAAAAGGUGAAAUUAAGGCGAAAACAUCUCUGGAGGGUGUUGUCCUAUGGGAUUUGGCAUUACGACUGUUUUUGAAUCUUCCCUCAUCAGAGGGGGGAGUGAGUCUUACUGCUAAGCAACAGAUCGAUUUAUGUGGGAGUCUUUUGCAGUGCCUUAUUCACUUUGGGGCGCCGCAGAAUGUGGUCAAGGCUGCUUAUCAAACGCUUCAUACUUCGCUUAUGCCGCCUUCCUCAACCUCAUCUGAAAAUUUUCCUGAAGAGGUUGUAAGAAGGUCAUCGCAUCUGCAUGUGUCAUAUGCGCGUUAUCUUCUUAAAUGUGCCUCGGGCGGAGGCACCGGCGAGUGUGAUCUCUCUUUGCACAAAGAUGCAUUUCGGAUUCUUUUGCUGGAUUGUCCUGAAAGAGGAUUACCACUAGGAUCUGACGGUUAUUUGAUGAUACUUGAGAUAUUACGCCGCAUCACCACGGGGGAAGUGCCUUCGCUCAAAAUAGAGCCCCAGGAAGAAAAUGGAUGCCACGACGGUGUCAACGAUAUGUUAUGGUCGGAGUUUGAUCCUGCACAUCAUAUUAGUGAUAUACUCGCCGCUGGUCGGGCUUGCUGUUUACGUGUGGUACAGUGCCACGGGCCCAUUGGUACAGCGCAGGAAGCGUUCUGCCGCUUUAUAUCAGUGGGUAUGCAACUUCAAGCCGUGCAUCUCAAUCCUUUCCUUCGAAGUAGGCAUUCCAUUGCCUCCAUUGUAGCACCUGAAGGGUUUUGUGUGAAAUUCAAUCCCCAGCUCUACAUACAAUUUCUGAACGGGAUUAGUGACAUGCUCCAAUCUGAAUUAACGCGUAGAAGCGCAAUUUCUCAUGUACUGGAGGGGCCCUGCAUACUUUCACAGCGGCAGCGGCUCGCUGGUACUGCUCAGGACGUAAAAACCUCUCAUGUGUGUGUCUGGUUGGUUAGACACAUAUUAAGGCGACAGCGCGAUCUUCAGAAAAAGGCAACAGGUCCGAAGGGUGGGGUAGAAAAGGAUAAGUUUUUUAUGUGUACAAACUCCAAUGAUGUUUGUAAAAGUAACUAUAAGGAUUCCUGUGGUGACGAUUCAUUACAGAUAUGGAAGGAAGGGACGGAGGCUGCGCUUCGAUGCCUACGGCAUUUGCUUCUGCGGCUGCCAGAAGGGCGUAGUGGUCAUCGUAAACGCCAACGAAAUAGGGAUCAGGUGAAUGUGAGACAAGAAGUGUUUUGCUUGUUGUUUGAGGGUGUUCUCGAUGGCUUGUUCUAUACGGCAACCGCCGAAGGGGAAAUUACAGGGGAAACUGGAACUGGCAUCCCUCCUGUUAUGGUCAUUUUCACCCAGUCGUAUAAUCAAUGGGAUUGGAGGUAUCCAUCCGUGUCUAUCUUUGUUGAGUGUUUGUACACCUGGGGUAUGCAUGAUAUGGUGAAGGAUGUGUUCAGCCAUAUAUACCGUUAUGCUGAAAGUCGUUGGAACAUUGAUGAACAAAAGCAGCUCACUGAUGAGGAGAUUAAUAGUGAGGAUUGCGGAGUCACCACUCGCUGGAAGGGAUACUCACUUCCUUUACGUACUUGCGAAAUGAUCAUUGAAUCGUCAUGCAAAAACGAUGACCCCGCCACAGCCGCGCUUGCUGUUGCUUAUAUGCUCCGUCAACUGCUUUCACUUAAAGCUGUUGAGCACAACAUGUGCUCUUCCAGAAAUGAGGGGUGUGAGGAGACGGAUGGGGUCAACACUGAUGUGUGUGAAGUGGAGAGCCGUUGCGUGGAAGAAUGGACUCGGAUGAUCAAAGAAGAAAUUAUCCCACAAAUCGAUGAAGUGUUCCGCAGAACGGGCGUCGACACUAAUAAGCAGUGGCUUACUGACCUAACUGAUGCGAAAAAUGCAGUGGGAUCGACUUUACGUUAG